AUGGGCAAGAUGGGAAGUCCAGAUCAAACUCCUGGAAGCUCUGGAACAAAAAAAACUGUCAGGUCCAAACCCGAGCCUAUCACCAUCAUCGGCACUGCCCGCCGCUUUGCCGGCCCGGCCACGUCGCCGUCUAAGCUCUGGGACCUACUUGCGUCGCCCCAGAAAAAUGCCUUGCGGCGCCCUAUCGGCGACCGCUUCAGCGCCCAAGGCUUCUUCCAUCACCCCGAUGGCACUUAUCAUGGACACACCAACGCGGCGCACGCGUACCUUUUCGAGUCGGAUCCGGCCUAG